AUGGGUUCUCCUGGAAAGUGGAUCAAAUCACUGAUCGGAACCAAAAAUUCCCCAUCAAAAGAUAAUGGUAAAGUGGGUGGUAAGGGCAGGAAGUGGAAACUAUGGAGGGGUGUUUCGAAGGGUGUUAAAGGAAGGGGGAAUUCCCCGGAGACGGAGGAAUCUGAAUCUUCUUCUUAUUUGUAUGGCGGUGAGAUGGCGGCGGCAGUGGCAGCUUUGGCCAAAGCUUCACCUAAGGAUUUCAUGGUGGUCCGGCGAGAAUGGGCCGCCGUUCGAAUCCAGACAAUUUUUCGGUCUUUUCUGGCAAAGCGCGCUUUAAGGGCCUUGAAAGCAUUGGUAAGACUACAAGCUAUAGUCCGGGGCAGACUGGUUAGAAAGCAAGCCGCUGUAACAUUAAGGUGCAUGCAGUCGCUUGUUCGAGUUCAGACUCGAGUUAGGGCUCAAUGCAUUAAAACAUCUGCACAAGGGCAUGCCCCAAAGAAUCAGAGCGCUGAUCCUAUAAAGCAAGCCGAGAAUGGAUGGUGUGACAGUUCUGCAACAGUUGAAGAAGUGAGGUCGAGAUUACUAACGAAACAAGAAGGCGCUAUCAAGAGGGAAAGGGCGAAUGCAUAUGCCCACGCCCUUUCUAAACAGCAAUCCAGAAGAAGCCCGAUCUUGUAUUCAAGAACGAACAAGAUGGUUACUCCAAAUAAGUUGGAUAAGAACAAUUCAGGACUCGACUGGUCAGAACGCUGGAAUUGGAUGCAAAACAAGCCAUGGGAUACUAGGUCAGUUGGAGAAUUUCAAACUGCUAGAUCCUCUUCAAAUUCGUGUGACCACGAUUCAGUUACAGUUACACGGAAUAACAUAUCUACCAGAAUAUCCCCAAAAUUUCCAAAAACUUGUCAAAUCACUCGCUCAUCAUCUGAACCAUGUUCUGCAUUUUCGUAUGAUGAGAGUACAACAUCAAAUUCAUCCACAACUACUUCUGAGACUCAGACUCAAGGGUCAGAAAAUACUCUAGCCGAGGGAUAUGGUGCCAAACCUAACUAUAUGAGUCUAACACAAUCGAUAAAGGCCAAGCAGAAACCAUGCAAUUAUUUGUCUCAUACUUAUACUGGAAUGAGGCAUUCAAUCGAGGAUUUACACUAUCGUAGAAAGCUAAGUCCGGUUUCGAGGGGGCUGGCUCGAAGGACUGCCGACACUGAUCUCUAUUCUGUCAACUUGUGCAAAGAUCUAUACCCUCCGAUGUUGCAAGAUGACAUGUAA